AUGAAAGUAUUACAGUUCAAUCAAGACGCGACAUGUUGUGUGGUUGCUGCGUCAUCUCAUCAAAUUUCGAUUUAUAACUGUGACCCCUUUGGUAAGUGUUUUGAAAUUGAUACUAAGAAUUCAAAGAGCAAAAAUGGGAAUAGUAGUGACAUAAUUACAAAUUCGGAAUCACGAAAUAAUGAAGAUAGCAUAUUGAUAAGUAAUGGUUCUCGUGACAAUGGCGAUGCGGAGGAAGAGGAGGAAGAUAACGACGACAAUGCCCUUGUCUCAGGAAAUAUACUAAAAGAAGGAGAGUUUGUCAUUGAAAUGCUAUUUUCAACUAGCCUUAUCGCCAUAGCAGACAGAGGACAAGGUUUGAACAAGGGUAAAAAGCUAAAAAUUGUCAACACCAAACGGAAAUCGACUAUCUGUGAAAUUGUCUUCCCACAUGAAAUUAUCGACGUAGUAAUGAAUAGGAAACGAAUGUGUGUGCUUCUGGAGAGUGAUCAGAUUUUCAUCUACGAUAUAUCCUGCAUGAAACCACUGGAAACUAUCGACCUUUGGGAAGAUCAUUAUAAGAGGUCUCAAGCCGCUUCAUGCAUAAAUACUUCGAAUACGGGCGCUUUUGAUGGAGAUUCUGCGAAUUUGAACAGAACUGCUAGUAAUCUACUAUCAAACGCCACGCAGAAGAACGCAAGUAGUUCCAAUGGGAGUGUGAGAAGCAGGAGAAACUCCUUGAGAAGUCGAAUAAGGCCAAGAAUGGUACUAAGUAACGAUGAUAGGAGCAUACUGUGCUUUACUGCAUAUAGCUCACCCAAAAAGAAUAAGCCCAACUCAGAGGUAUUGCAUGAUGUGGUGAUAUAUGAUACUUUGAACGUGACACCACUUAACUACUUGAAUACUGUACAUAAGGGAAAUGUUGCAUGUCUAGCUGUGAGUCAUGAUGGUAGACUACUUGCCACCGCCUCAGAUAAAGGAACCAUCAUAAGAGUGUUUCAUACCGGGGUCGAUUCAGAUUAUGCAUCUUCCAGGUCGUUGUUUAAAGAAUUUAGGCGUGGCACCAGGCUAUGCAAUUUGUAUCAGCUGGUUUUCGAUAAGAGCAUGACUAUGAUUGGGUGUGUAGGCGAUACAGACACUAUUCAUCUUUUCAAGCUUGAUGAAGUUGCUAGCCUUCCCGGAGAUGCUAUUGGCAGUGGUCAGUGGAAUGAAGAAGAAGAGAUAUUAGCAGCAAAUUCUAAUCCUAGUGUGGGAAGUCCUAAAGAAACAUCCAUACCGAAACCAAGACUUGCAAACUAUUUCUCUAAAAAGAUAAAAUCUUCAAUUCCCAACCAAAAUCUGAGCCGUAAUUUCGCACACAUAUCAGUCAAUGAAUCAAAUAGGAAUUGCUUGGGGUUUCCAGACGAAUUUCCUAAUCAAGUUUAUGUCGCCUCGGAUGAUGGAACAUUCAGUAUAUAUAGCAUUCCAUCAAGACCUGGUGAAUGUGUGUUAACCAAAAAUAACAAAUUUAUGUAA